GGCAGCGACGCGUUCGCAGUGCAUAUACAAGCCGUUGUCUAUCGGGCACACUGAUUGAGCCGCAGAGACAUCCCGCGAGUCUUGUCUGAUAAGACUGCUACAUACACUGGUUGCGGAGAUGUCGAUCGCUGCUGGCGUACGCGACGACGACGACGUAUUUUUUAUUAUUUGCGCCGCCGACUUCAGACUUGACACGUCGUCGUGCUUUCUGUUUAUAUAGUGUUUUGCGCCUCGGUUGCGAAAUCUCGCGCUCGGCGCCUACGCACCAAUCGAGACGUCGACUCGGCUAAAAAUUCGGAGUCGUGAUUCGCGGGGCCUUUCACAGUAGUGCGAAUUGUGCGUGUGCGACUUGCAGCUUGCUUCGCGUAUUUCGUUUAAAGUGCUACAGUGCUGCCUUGUAAUAUAAACGUUUGGUUUUCGCAGUCCGUGCAAAAGUACACAUCAUCUGUGGAAAAGAGCGCACGACACGACACAAACGGCUGUCAAUAUCCAUAACGCUUGACCCGAUGACAGCGAGCUCCCAGGCCAAAUCACCAUCUGCGUGCAGCGUCUCCCGAAGAAAUUGGCAGCAGCACGAUGAAAUUAGCCAGUGACGCGGAUAGUCCUGGUCGACGGCUUCGCGCAACCAGCAGCAGCAUGCGAGCUGCCCAGAGGACAAAGUCGCCCGGGACCUUGGCACUCUUCGCCGUUGGCCUGCUGUUGUUUGUCGACUGCUGCUUCCAGACCAGCGAGGCCAAGGUGUCCGAUCAGCGACGAUGCUACGACCCAGACUGCUCCGUCGCUGUUUCAUAUGGUAAAACAACUAUUCCUUAUCCCUCAAAAGACCCUGAUGUAUUGAGUUUUCCUGCCAAUGUGGAGGUCAAAGUUUUCAGUAAAGAAGCAGGCUCUAGACUUGAUCUUUGGGGUGUUGAGAUAAAUGGUAAGAGAGGCUAUGCUCCAUCAAAGUUUAUCCGCGAAACCAAAAUCGUACAUCCCAAUUUGGAUAAAUUAGUGCCAAUUGAAGAAAGUUAUAAUGUACAGUCCAAGGAUAACACGAAACAAGCUGAGGAACAGAUUGAGGAUAAUAAUAACAUUUUUAAUACUCUUCAAGAGAGUCUCAACGAAGCAGAAAUACCAAAGGAUGAAUUAAAUGAAAAUAUUCAAAUCAGUCAGGAAAAUGACAUUUCUAGUGAUGAACAACUCAUUGAAGAAAAAAAUAAUCAAGCUCAUGAUUCUCAAGAGGUCAAGGAAUCAACUAGUGAUGAGAAUGUGAAAAUGGAAAUAUAUCCUGAUAUCAUCAAAUCUACAUUUUCUGCUUUUUCUGGAUUAUCUGGAAUAUUGAAUGGUGAUGAUGAUGAAUCAGAAGAAGAUGAAACAAAAGAAGAAUUCAAAGUAGAAAAUGAUACACAAAGUAAAGAGCCUGAUCAAAUCACAUUGAACAAUAAUCCUGAUCUUAGUGUUGAUACUACUACUGAAUCAGAGAAUGUAUUAGAUAAAAAUUUUGAUGAACCAGUGUCUCCAGAUAGCUUAACAUCUGAAACACCAAUUGAAACUAUUGAAGAGGCUGAUUUAAAAAACACUUUUGAAAAAGUUGCAGAACUUAUUAAACCAAAGGAAAGUGCUGAAGAGAACCCAACAUAUAUUUCUGAAGAAGUAUCUGAACAGAAAAACGUUGAUGAUGCAAAUGAUGAGUUUAAUAGUUCAGAAAUUAUUGAAGAAGACAAGAAUUUAAAUUUUUCUAUUGAUAGUAUAAAAGUUGAAAGCAGUGAACAUGAAUUUCUUCCAAAAUCUAAUAUUAAUUUAAGCGUAGAUCAUAAUGACCAUGUUGAAGAAAUUCCAGAAGUUCCAGUUGUUAAUUCUGAAAACAUUGAAGUUUUACCUUUGUACGAUGAAAAAAGUUCUGAUUUAAGUGUUUCAAAUAAUAGUAAUAAUAUAAUAUCUGAGCCUCAAAGUAAUGAUAUCAAGUCUGAUGAAUCAAUAAAUGCUAGCAUAAAUUCUGAAAAAGUUGAAGAUUUAGCAGAAAUAACAGUAACAGAUGAACAAAAAGUAAACACAUUACAGCAAAAACCAGUAAUUCUUGUUGAUACUUUACCUGAAUCUUUUAGUACUGAUGAUUCCGUUAUUUUACAAGUGCCUUUAGAGAAGGAAAUUAAAGAUGAAGCAGUUAUACAGUCUAAUCAAGAUUUUUUAUCAUUAAGUAACAAUCAUGAAAGUCUUCCUGAAUAUGAAAACUUUCCCACUGAAAACAAUGUUGAGACUGUUGAAAAUUUAACUGUUUCAAAUGUACUAACACUGGAAUCAAAUGUUAAUAAUGAUACAAGUUCAUUAAAUAUCUUAAAUGAAAACGAUUCUUUAAUAGAUAGUUCAGAGGUUAACUAUCAGCCUAUAGAAUCUAAUAUUGAGAAUAAUAUUCCCCAAAAGUUUAAUGUCCUUCAUGGCAAUAGAAAUCUGUUGAAUGCUGAGAGUAUUGGGUCAGAAGAAUUAGUAAUCGACAACGUCGCGUCUAAUAGUCUUCAAACUCCACCUGCUUCAGUUUUAAUUACUGAAGAAGAUGAAAAAGUUCAUUCUAUAUUUAGUGGAAUAAAAGAAACAGCUAUGACUCCUGAAACCUGCGAUCAGAUUGAUUCUAAAUUUGUGCUUGAGGAAUCUUCACAUCAAUUCUUUUAUAUUUGUAUAACAGCUGUUACAACCUUAUUGUUUUCUCUUGGUUACUAUUUAAUUGAAAACAAACGACGAGAUGCACAUCUUAUAUCAAAAAUUAAUAAACUCGAAAAGGAUUUGAUGGUAACAAAAAAAGAAUGCAUCAUUCUUGAUGAAAAUUUCAAGUCCACAAAAACAAAGUUGGACUCCAUUGAGAAUGAGUCAUUUGGUUCAAAUGAGAUGGUGUUAUCAUUAAAAGCAGAUUUGGCUACUUCUGAGAAUGUUCGAGGUGAAUUGGAAGAACAAAUUGCGAGUCUAGAGAGAGAAUUAGAAACUGCAACUGAUACUGGAUUAGAAUUAGAGCGUAUGUUGCGUGAAAUGCUAUCUUCACAAAAAGAUGAAAAUAAUCCAUUAGCCAAGAAGAUAGAAGAUUUACAAGUUAAAUUAAAUGAACAACAGUCUGCCAAUGAAUAUUUAACUAAUGCUUUAGCAACCAAAACUCAAGAGAAUGAGAGUUUAACUGCAGAUCUCACUGAAAAUUUGAAAAAAGUUGAAGAAUUACAGACUGAAUUAACUUCAGUGGCUGAGGAACUUAAAAUUCAAAGAAGUACAAACGAAGAUAUGAAGCAAACGCUCUCAUCUAAAAUUCAAAAUCUAGAAAUUCAAGUUAAUACUUUGAGUGAUGAAAAAUCAAUCAUAAGAAAGCAAUUGAGGGCUAAAGAAUUAGAAGUUGCAGAGUUGUUGAAGGUAGUUGAACAACUUAAUUCAAGUAAUAUAGAUUUAGAAAAGAUUUACGACGUGUCACAAGUCAAAGUAGAACUUAGUCAUUUGCAUGAAGAGAGAGAUGAACUAAAGGCUAAAUUGAUUGAAGAAGAGGGUGCUCGUCAAUUAUUAGAAGAACACAUGAAAGUUAUAUCAGAAGAAGUUAUAUCUUUGAAAGACCAAUAUAAAAUAGCAGAAAAAGAAAAGUCUGAUGCAGAAACUCGCCUAGAAGUGCUGACGAAAUUUUUCGAAGACAAGGAAAAUCAAAGGCAAAAGGAAGAGGCUUUGUGGAUGGAAAAACAAGGAGAGCAUAAAUCUACUGUGGAAAGAAUACACUCAAUGGAAAAAGAUUUGCACACUUAUAGAAAGCAAAUAGAAAUGUUGAAGGUAGAAAUACUUGAUCAAGAAAGAGAAUACAAGUCUCAAAUAUCAGUCGCUGAGCAGAAAGCUCACGAAAAUUGGCUCCUGGCUAGACAAUACGAGCGCCGUUUAGAGGACAGCAAGGCGGAAUCGAGUCAAUUACGAAAUCGUCUCACACACGUUGAAAAGAAUAUGAACGAUAGCGAUGCUGAUAUGAAGCUACAUCGUCUUCAACAAAACGGCGAGAACAGCAGUGGGAAUUUAGUAGAUCCGGUAUCGCCACUGAUGUUCGCCGGAGGCGUUGGGAUGCCACCGCCACCACUGCCUCCGUUUGGACCACCUGGAUUCGCACCUCCGCCACCUUUUAUGCCGCCACCGGACAUGGCUGCUCCCAAUUCGAGACCGCCGCCUCUGGGUGGCGGACGCCUGUCGUCGCCACCACCUCACAACAGCAGCGGGGCGAAUGCGAGAUCACCACCGCCACCGAUGUCUCCACCACCUAUUUAUCAUGGACUUCCACCUCCACCCCAUCAUCCUCAUCACAUGCCACCUAUGACUUCACGUUUUCAUCCACCUCCGAUGAUGUUCGACGUUCCUCCUCCUCCACCUCCAACGCUAGGUCAUUAUCCUCCUCCGGCUCAUCAUUCCUGGGAAGAUGAUAGAAGAUCAGGUGGUGGUGCCGGUGCCAGUGGCUUUCAGAGGACGCGCAAUUACAAAGGUUCCUUGCAUUCAUCAGGAGAAUCGCUCGACAAAUCUCAUCAAGGAAAGGUGUAGAAAAACAAUAGAAAAUGAAUUUUUUCCCUUUUGGGAAACAUUUUCCUGCAAUUAAAUUACUGAUUUUUUACACUAAGAAGAUAUUUUUGAAUAUAUUAACGAACCUUUUUUAGUGCAAUGCUAGUCAUUGCUCUUUACGAGGAAUUUGGUACUUUGAUUAGUACCGUGUCUGAUUGACAACCGAUAAUACUGCAAAAUUAAUUACGUAUUUGAUAUGAAUGAAAUAAUAACUGGUGAUAUAAUAUUUAUAUAUCGUUCAGUACCGUUGUUAUGGUUUUUUAUUUUAUUUUUAAUUACUUGCAUAGUGUAUUUGUGAUGAUAAUCAAAUGUUGAGUCACGAGCGUAAAACCGCUUGUAUAAAUACUUAAAAGAAUAAGCUUUCAGAUUCGCGUUGGUGUUGAGUUGAACAUUAUAUGAAAAAAAAUGAAUGUAUUUCAGUAUGUGUGAAUGUAUAUAUAGUGAUGAUAUUG